AUGGACCUGCACGUCAGAUAUGACGCCGAGCGUCAGCAGAGGUUCUUCUCCAUUCCUCUAAACGGACCUCAUGAAGAUGUGAGUGUUUAUUUUUUCAAUUUAUGAAACCUCUUCAAACUUUUUGUUUAAAUUUUCAUUGUUCUUCUUUGUGGACUUUUUCUGAUUCCCCACUUUGCAUGUUUUCUCUUAUUUGUGAGCCGUGCAUAGUUUCUGAAUUUGAUCAUUGUGAACUUAUCAAAUAUUAGAAGUGGACUUGUUCUUCCUGAGGACUUUAUUGGAAAAUAUUUCGGGUGUACUUCUUUCAAUUUUCGUUUAGAGUUAAUGAACAAUAAGUUUUUUUAAAGCCUACAAGUUUUAUUUGUAACACAAGAAUUCUCACGUUUUUGAAAGCUUUGGUAAAUUUUUUUUAUACAUUCUCUACAUUCUAUUAAAGGAUUUUUUUAUUCAAGUUGUGGGUUUUUAUGAAAAUUAAGAGAAAUAUUAUGUAUUGGGGAAAGCCCACAAAGGAAGUAACUAGCAAAUUUGAACGAAGAAACUAUGCACGGAGAUUUGCGUUUUUCAGGGAGAUGGAAAUCAUCUGAAAAGUCUCCAACGGUUCUCGAUAGAGGUCUGGAAUCUGACGCAAAACUGGGGCGACGCCUCCACAAAAGCCGCCCAAAGCGUCGAGAAACUCGUCAACAGUCGGCUGCAAGUUAUGUACGCCCGGGACGGGUCUUCUGAAGCGACGACGUCGGUUCCAAAGUCCGAAGAGAAGAAACGGUGUCUGAUGGAGAUAGUCAAGGAGAACCGCUCUCUGGGAACCGUCCUGGAUAACCUGAACGCGAUAAUUGGAAAGUUCCGGAGUGCCCUGAACAGAAUGCCGGCCUGGAAACAGUUGACGGCCAACUCGGCACAGCCCGAAGUUCGGUACAUUGUCGACACUCUGACCGAAGUGCUCCCUUCAGUCGUCGCAAUGUACCAGAAAGAACUCGAUGCUAAAAAAGCGGCUCUUCUGGAUUUCGGCCAAUGUGAAUCCCGUCAGGUUUUCACGGCCGUCCUGUUGAGUUUCAAGUAUGAGCCAUUUGUCGACACCAAUUUAUUAUCUCGAUUGUAUGCCCUUGUAGCUGCUGAAGCUCAAUAACUUCUCAAAGCUCCUUAUCGUUUUUGCAAAUAUUCGAGUUAUGUUUUCUGUCUUUGAGUCUUAUUCCAUGGUGUUUAUUUUGUUACUUUCAUUCGCGUCCUUUCAGAUUUUCCUUUUCUUCUUCAUUUUUCCGGUUCAUUUUGUUCAAUACUUAAAGUUUCUAUGAAACGCUCUCAUUUCAUGUUUAGUUUGAAUUCAAAGCUGGAAAAGUUGAAAAAUAUUUUUUUUAAUGCAUCGAGGUAUAUUUGAAAACGGCAAAAGAACCUUGAAGGCUUCAUCAAUAUCGUAUUUUCUCAUCUAUUCCAUCUCCUUGAUCAUAUUUUUUCAUUAUCGCUGACUGAUUUCUGUUUAAAACGAAAAUUGACAUAAUAAAAAUUAAAAUAUUUUUUCUAAUCAAAAACGAUUCACGAAAAAGAGAAAUGUACAGGAAGUGAUCGAGAUAAAUGUGGACGAUUUGCCGUCCGGCGAUGAAGUCAUGGGUAUUUUGCAAGCCGAACAAGCCAAACUCGUCUACUGGAUUCAUGUCGCUGUGAGUUUGAAGGGUUUUUUUUAUUGCAGAUGUAAGAAAAUUUGGGAUUUAAUCAGGUUUCAAAAUUAGGAUUUUUUUUUACAAAGGCAUUUUUCAACAGUUUACGACUAAUUCUCGAGUUUUCGAAAACAGACGCUGGUAGCGCGCGGGGGGCCCCGGGUGUAUCUUCAAUUUUGCCUUUUUUUGUGAUACGUUGAUAAAUUCCGUCUCUUUCAUGCACCUUUUUCUCAUCGUGACGCUUUAGUUUAAAAAAAAUCUAACGAACAAAACUCAACUAUAUUCACUUUUCUUUCAGAAAUUUGCACAAAAAGUGCUUGAAACAUGUUUAAAAAAAGUAAAAAAAGGGUACUAAUAAUUAUCACAAAAAAAUGAAUCGGAAAGAGGGUUUUUUUCUACCCAAAAAGCGAAAAUUCCGGCACGUCCCCCACCAAAGCCGGAGAAAGAAAAAUCAUCGUUAAAAGCUUUUAUUUGUACUGCAAUCUCAGCUCAUACAAUCUUUUUAGCAGAAAGCGAAUUUUCAGAUCCAAUACUACAGAGCGGGACGAUUCGCCGAGUUUCUGAACAUUUUGGAAUCGGCCGGUUCGCAGGCCUUUCUCGAUUAUCCAAACGUCCAAAAUGACCAAAUGCGGGCUCUUGACAUGCUCGCCGCGCAUCAUAUGCAGCAGGUCUUUGACAAAAAAAUAUCUAUAUAAAGUGAUAAUAAAAAAAUUUCAAGUGAGUAUAAGAUCGGAAAAAAAUAAGAUUUUUUUCAAAUUUUUCGAUUGGAUUUUUAAACUUUCAUCGUCCUAGAAGUUAUUAAUAACUCAGUGAUUACUUACUCUUCUGAGAAGAAAGGAAAUUGUAAGCUUUUCUCAAAAGUAAGGAUAAACUUUGAAUGAUGCCGAGUAUAUUUCAGGGAGCUCAUGAAAAAUCAAAAGAAAGACGAACGGAGCUUUUCAACAAAGCCACCGUUCUUUUCAACACGGCUGAUAAGAUCAAAAUGUAGUAAUUGCUACGUGCCAAAAAAUAAAUCGAUUUUUAGGUAUGACAUGGUCCACUUGACAAUCAGAGCUUGGUUCUAUCUUUUCGAAAAAGAAAAGAGCAAGUUGGAGAUUGCAGAUCAGCAGUUCAACUUUGUCAUAAAACAGGUUGCCUUUUCAGAUAAUGUAUCCAUAAACAUUGUCAGAUUCCAGGAAGCGACGAUGGUCCUCGCCAUGAUCGGAAAGGCCGUCAUUGCCUUCACCAAAAGAGACUACAAAACUGCCAUUUAUUUCUAUCGCAGGGUUUUCUCCAUCUAGAAUUUUUGCUAUUUCAAUAAUUUGAACGUUAGGCCCUACGUGCAAAGUCGGCUGACACGCCCGAAAUUCGAGUUGGAUUGGCCUACUGUUUCGCCAAAAUCGGCAAGCCCGACAAGGCUGAGUUGGUGUUUAUUCUUUUUGAAACAGAAAAAAAAAGUGUUUUGGAUUUGUUUUCUAUAUACAAGACCCUCAAAAGAACUCCUUAUGUUUUUUUAAGUUCUUCAGAGUUUCAGAAAAAAAUUUAAUUUCUUAGAAAAAUAUUUAUGUGCAAAAAAAUUAUUUUUUUGUUUAGCUUCUCUUAUUACAGAACCACAGGUUUUUUCUAAUAAUUAUAGUUUGAAAAAAAAAAAGAUUUUUUUCGUAUAUUUUUAUGAGUUUUUCUAUUGAAAGAUUGUAAUUCGUAUGAGAAAAAUUUUUCAAAGUUUUUUUGGUAUUUUGAACGUUUUUUUCAUUUUUAAAAUGAACUAAAUAAUGCAGUAAUUAAUCGAACAAUCUUAAUCUUAUGAGAUACAAUUCAAAAAAAAGAGGUCUCUCAGUUAAAAUUUUUUAAAAACUGUUUUGAAAAAAAUAAUAUUUUCUUGAAAAAAAGUUUGAAACAGUAUUUUUCCUUUCCUCAGAAUGGCAUUCGAACGAGCUCGUGACUUGGAUCCGAACUGCAUCGAGGCUUUGGCUGGCUUGGCGAUUCUGAGAGAAAAUCUCCAAGAUGAAAACAGUAUCAAGGUUUCUGAAGGAAAUUCCAGCUCCUGAGCGAGUUUUGCUCUGUUCAGGCAGCUCUGGACCUUCUCAGCGAAGCUUUCCGCGUUAAAUCCGAUCAUCCUCUCGUUUUGGUUCAGUUGGCCAAUCAUUUCUUCUACAAAAAGGUGAGAACCGAAUUAUUAAUUUUAUUUUCUUCAAGCCCAGCACAGCCGUGCUAACACGGGCGCUUAGCGGGUACUGAGGCCCGUAUAAGCACAGCUUGUAGAACAUUUGGCAAUUUACCCCAGCUGAGACACUGUUUUAGCACAGUUGGGUCACAGGUUUUCGAGAUAAACACAGCUCUGUCACCUUUUUUUCUUACCCCCGUUGUUCCCCCAUUUAAGCACAACUGAGACCCAAAUAACCAAAAAAAAAAACACGGAUUUAGUACGGGUACACCCGUUGAAGCACCUGGCCAUCAUGAGAGAAUGUUCUUUUUAUUUUUUAUCAAAAUACGAAUAAAUGACCAACAGGCUCAUUUCUCCUCUACCAACCUAAUAGAAGCACUUCAGGACUACGUCCGUGUCGAGCAACUGGCCUGGCACGCGUUGCAAGUGAGCGACUGCGAGCAGAUCCGAGCCGAGGCCUGCUUUCCAAUUGGCGCGAACUUGCCACAUCCAGAAGAACUUCGAAAAGGCUUUCAAGGUACCUUGUUCGAUUCGAUCUUCAUUUUAUGUUCGUCCCCACACGAAAUUCAGAAGAAGUGAAAUACGAAAACUGUGAACCGGGAAGGUCAUUUAAACAAGGAAUUAAACCAAGUGAAGAACAAUCUAAUUUUUUUAAACUAUGUUUACUAAUAUUGGAUAAUCUGACAAUCUUAUUAUAAUAAAUUAUCCUUUUUUCAAUCAUUUCUAAUUUCUAGCUAAAAUAAUAUUUUUACACAACAGUUCUUCAGUUCAUUCAAGAUAAUGUGUUAAAUAAUGAGUUUUUAAGAUUAUUUCUUUACUGCUGAAUUUGCAGUGAGAUUAGUUCGAAAGCGGAGGCCUUUCUUUUCAAAAAAAGUGAAGAAACCAUUUAAAAAAAUCUUUUUCUUUUUUUAAUUUUUUUUCUCGAACUAAAAAAAUCAAGGUUUGAUUUUUUUGAUUAGGAAAAAAAGGAAAGGGUAAAAAUUUUUCAUAGGUCUUUUUGAAUCUCACUUUUUCCUACUCGUAUUUACAGAUAAUAGAAAAUAAAUAACUUUCGAGAUUUUUUAAAAAUUCAAAAAAAUUUCAGUACUACUACCAGUCAACACAGUUGAACUACGGAGAUUUGACGCUUUCCUUUUACGGCUUGGGACAAAUGUACAUCCAGCGAAAGGAGUGGGAUAAGGCUCGUUUUUUUUUUCUUUGCGUGUCUUUUUUUUGGGACAUAUAAUCCCAAAAAAAGACUCACACACAAAAAAUGGCCUUUCUAGUGAGCGGAAUCAUGACUUUAUCCGAAAUUUCAGGCUAUUGAUUGCUUCGAAACAGUGUUGACCAGAAUUCCGAACAAUGCCGACACCUUGAAAGUUCUGGGAUCCUUGUACGCCCACACGAAUCCCGACGAAGCGGUUGGCAACUCUCCAGCUCUUUUUCGUAUUUUAAAACCCUCAGAAAUUACAAAAAGCCCGCGAAACGCUGCAAAAAGCGCUCGACUUGAAGCCGGACGACGUCGAACUUCUGAUCGAUUUGGCCCAACUUCUUGAAGCCACAGACCCCAAUGUUCGCCUCUUUUCUCAUUCCUUGUCAUAGAAAGAGUCUCUAGAAAUCGCUGGAACUGUACGAAAGGUCGAUCGAAAUGCUCAAGGAGCUGGAAGAUAUCGAUCCGCCAGCCGGAAAUGGUCAACAACGUCGGCGCCUUGUACAUGCAGCUGGGCAACUUUCGAAAAGGCCAAGAUCUAUUUCGAACAAGCUCGCGACCGUUAUCAGGUGAUUAUUAGAGGAGGUUUCAACUUGUUGGGAAUAGAAAUCAAUUCUGCGAAAAAAAAUUAACAAGAAAAAAAUUAGAAAAAUGGAAAAAUCAUUAAAGUAUAUUAUUCGGCGUCCCAGGUCACAUGUACCGUGUCCCUGGUUUCGAAACUUUGCAAAUUUUUCUUGAUUUUUUUAACUAUUAUAUAGAAUUUAAAUCUAAUAAGUGGCUUUUUCCUAAGCUUUACUCCGCUGAAAAUAGGUAGCCAACUUUGUAUCGUUCCGGGCAGUUUUUUUUCCUAUAGAUAAAAUAAAGUUGAGUGGAAAGUAGGGGGCAUAAAUUUCAAGGCAAUCGGAAAUCCGUUUACAAAAAUUUUUGAGCGAAUUUUUAGAAAAACACAAUUUUUUCUAGGCAUUGAGAUAGAAAAAUCAGAAAAGAACGAUCGUUUGCAGGAGAUGUUGGCGUUGGGCGAGAAGGUCGAGGAGGACAGACACCAGCUGAUCACGAUCCGCUACAACCUGGCCCGUUGUCUCGAACACUUGUGUCAAAGCAACGACGCCGAGGCCAUGUACAAGGACAUCCUCAACGAGAUGCCCACUUAUAUCGACUGUCAGUUUUUGCUUUUUAGACAAAACGGCGUGCUGGGCAGAUUGGGAAAAGCUUGGGAAAUCUUGCUUUCAGUCAAAAAAUAGAUUCCUAUGAAUAAUCGGAAGCUGAAUCAGGUCUCCGUGGAUGAUUGAGUCCAGAUUUUCACUUUUCCUUCUUUUAGGAAACUUUCAGUUUCAUUGCAAGUCUUGACAAGGCUAUCUUUGGAGAUCCAGCAAUUUGGAAGUUUGAAAAAUAAUCUUCAAAAUGGGUUAUUUUAAAAUUUUCUUCACGGAGUUCUAGGCUUUUUUAUUUUUGUAGAAGUCACUUCAGUCUUAAUUUUUUUCCCAAUAUUUUUUGUUAGCGGAAAAACUCUUUCCAUAUUCUUGAAUGUCCCUUACAGGCUACAUGCGGCUGGGCUGUCUGACGCGAGACCGCGGCCAGAUCUACGACUCCUCGGUCUGGUUCAAGCAGGCGAUUCCCUACGACAACGGAUCGAUGGACGCUUGGACCCUCAUCGGAAACCUUCACAUGGCCAAACAAGAGUCCGUUUUACAGAUUUCUAACCAAAAUGAUGUGAAUCAAGGAUCUUAGGCGCAUUCUUCAUUAACGUUGAGCACAUCGAAAAUUAAUAAACGUUCUUGAAAUGGAGUUUAAAAUGCUUAGAAUCGGUAAAAGUCAAGUUUUUCAAGCUUCUCAGGGUGUUCUUUUUCAUAAAAAUUACCUGUUAUUUUCAAUACCCAUUAGGAAUCGCCUAUGAACUCUGUAGCAAGCUUUUUUCAAGAAUGAAGAUGACUUUUAUAGAUGGCAACCGGCUCAGAAGAAGUUUGAGCACAUUCUUAACAAAAUCACGUCGGGAAAACACGAUCCGUAUUCUCUAAUCGCACUGGGAAAUGUUUGGCUCGAGCAGCUGAUGAACCCGAACAGGAAACGCGAAGAUGUUAGCUUUGAUUGUAUUUUUAGAAGAAGAAAGAGAGAUUUUUGUGAAUUUAUGCCUGGGAAAGUGAUUUGAGAAAAGAUCUUGUGGAGCCAGAGGGCACUUGAAAAUUUAGAAGCCAGAAAAGUCAUUAGUAGUCCCUUGAUAUUCUAGCGUUCACUGACUUUUAAAAAGUCAAAAAUAAUUUUUUCAUUUCCUUGUCUUGUAAUUUUCACAGUUAAAAAUGUAAAUGAUUGCAAAUGGUUAUAUUCCGGCUAUAAAGAAGAUAGCGGUUUUUUUUUUGACUCACUCUUCUGAAAAACGUAUGGAAAUCAAUUUAAAAUUUCCAGGAAAAGAAAUACGUUGAACGAGCCACGCAGAUGUACAUCAAGGCUUUGAAAAUCCAGCCAAAGAAUAUUUAUGCGGCGAAUGGCCUCGGUUGGUUCUUUUUUUUGACUUCCUGUGAAGAUUGUUCGGUUUCAGGCUGUGUGAUGGCCUUCAAGAAGAAUUGGGCCGAAGCGAGAGAUGUCUUUUCGCAGGUUCAUUAUUUUUAUUCUGUUUUCUAUGCCGUAAAUUUUAUUUUAAAUGAAAAAAUGAAAUCUCUUUAAGUACGGAAAAAAAGAAUGAUUCAAGCUCUUAUAGAUAACUUUUUUGAAUAAUAUUACUAUUUUGAAGAAACUAGAACUAAAAAAAUGGAGUCAACUAUUUUUUUCAAGUGAAAUUGAAACAGGGAUCGUAAAGAAGGAAUUUUCCAAAAAUAGCUUUGAAAUAACAUUUUAAAAUUUCCAAAAAAAACAAAAUUUUCUGCAAUUUCCAGUGGAGAUUUUCAAUUAGACUUCACACUCACCACACUUUUUUGAGGUUCGAGAAGCGACUUCCGAAUUUUUCGACGUUUGGAUCAACAUCGCCCAUGUCUACAUGGAACGGGAGCAGUAUGUUCCCGCUAUUCAAAUGUAAACCUGAUAAAAAAUCAUUUUUUUUUGAUAAAUUUGAAUAUUUUUCUAGGUACUCGAACGCGAUGAAAAAGUUCCAUCGCCAAUCGGAUCCUCAUAUGCUUCUCUACCUGGCCAAGGCUUAUUAUCACGCCGAUAAACUCGAGGAAGCCAAGGACACCAUGGAAAAGGUAUUCUUUUACACUCGGGAACACUUUAGUGACCACUUGAGAAGUUCUUCUAGAAAUAUAGGCCGCACCCCAAGUGGGAUUCAGCCGACGUAUGAGAAGGAACUAAGAGGACCAUUAAAGCCACUGUUCUUCCUUUUAGUCGCCCCUGUAGUAGUUAUCUUUUGAGUGACUACCGAGCUGCUUACUAAGGUGGUCAUUAAGAUGUCAAAAUCCUAAAGUGGCCACUCGCAGGAAGAAGAAUAAAUAAAAUGUGAACUAUUUUCAGGCGAUACUUGAAUCUCCCGAAAACCUGCAGUUCAAAUUUAAUUACGCCUUCCUUCUCAAAAGAAGAGCUCGAGCCGUUCUCAAGGGCGCCAAGGUAAACUUUCAAGAAGCUUAUUUAAAAUUUUGAAACUUUUAAGGUCACUUCUGGCGAGGUCAAUGGCGCAAUCGAAGAUUUACAAUCUGCUGAGAGGUUUUGAAAACAACAAAAAGUUCCAAAAAUUAUGGUCAUUUUCCAGAGCUCUCACCUACAUUUCGAAAAACGAGGAUCUCAGUUUACCUGGUGCCAAGUAUAUCUCAAGGACAAUGUGUGGACAGGAGGUUUGUUAAAGAUCAAAAAGGUCACAAAAAUGUUUAGAAGAAAGGGUUUGUAAGUUCUGGGUCAACGUAGGAAUCACAGAAACUUUUUAAUAAAUUUUUAAAUCACGAAAAUUUGAACUUCAUAGUGGGACAAACUAUUUUUUUUUCAAAGGAUUUUUUUCGAAUUUACCCAUGUUUUUAAGUUUUUUAGUGUAAGUAAAACAGGGUCUGAUCCAUUUCUAAUCUGCCCUCAAUUAUUUGAGCUUCGAAAUCGAACACUAAAUCGUCGAAACGUUCAUUUUUCAGGCGAACGAUUGCAAAGACUUGUUGGUGCAGGCGAAUACGGCUCUGGAACGAGCCCAGCAGCUGGAUGAGGAAGAACGACGGGUCAAGGCCAAACAAGAAGAAGUGCGCCUUUUCGGAGCAUUUAUCCUAUGAAACUCUGAAUUCCAGGAACGGCUACUGCUCAAGAAGAAGAUGGAGGAAGAGAUGAACCGAAAGGAAGAGGAAAUCCGUCGGAAGCUCGAAGAAGCCAAGGCGUUGCGAUCCAAGUUCGUUGAGAUGACCAAGGACGUCCUUCGCUUGCCGGAGGUGAUUGCGAAUCGAAUCUUGAUCUAUUCGCAUUUUCAGAUUAACGACGACAAGAAGGUCAGCCGAUCCGGCAGGAAGAAGAAGGUCGGCGGCGACGGAGAAGAGUUCGUCAACGACAGUUCGGACAUGGGCGACUGGCGUGGCGAGGAGGACGGCGAGCCCAGAGAGAGGAAGAAGAAAGACGUCAGGAACCUUUCUCUUCAGUAGUUUUCCACAUCAACAAAUUAAAAAAGUAGAUUUUGAGGAAAGAGGGCUCCUAAGAAGUGCAGAACAGGUUUUACUAGAAAGUAGGCAGAAUCCGAUCCUUGCAAUUAUUUUGUUGGUACAGUUAUCAAAAAGAUUGAGAAGUUAAUACGAAUAUCCUAAAUAUUCAAAAAUGGUUUUUAAAAAAAAGUUGAAAGGGUAUUUUACAGCAUUUCCAAUUAAAAGUAUUCAAGGCUUCUGAAAGGAAGUAAAAAUAAUGAUCGACAUCUGUCUGAGGUGAUAAAAAUUAAACUUAGAACUUAAUCAGUUAUUUUUUCAUCUGUUUCACUUCUAUUAAUGAUUUUGAAAAAAACGAUUUAGGUUUUUUUAAACUUCUCUGAGGUCAAACUAGGCCGUGAAAAAACUCGGCGAGAAGUUUUUUAUUGACACUAAUUUUCCACAUCUUGAAAAAAAGCGCUUAUAGUAUGAAGGGGAAAUUAUUGUCUUUGGAAAGUUCUCACAACUUUACUUUUUUCAGAAGGCGUCGAAGAAGGCGUCGAGAAAGCGACGGGAGCGUCGGGAUGGCAGCCAGGAGGGCAGCGGAUCCGACGACGACAGGGCCGAGAGGAAGAGAAGGAAGAAGGAGGCCGCCGAGAGACGCAAGGCCGAGGCCAAGUUGUCCGCCAAACAGUCCGCCAAGAGUUUGUCUCCCAGAUCCUGAAGAUUCAAAAAUUCCUGUUUCAGUCAAAUCUCGCGCCUUCCUCUCCUCCUCGGAAGGAUCUUCGGAUGAAGGCGAGAAAGUUCAGUCUUCGGCAAAAUCCGACGACGAUGAGCCGAAAACUACUCGAGAUGAGUUUGGUGAGCAUUUUCAAGCUUUUUUUUAGAACAUCAAUCAUUUGCUUAGAACUUGAAAAAACAAAUAGAAAUUUAUAAACAGGGAUGUUUUUUUAUUGAAACAAAUACUAAAAAAAAAAAAAUUUUUCUAUAGAAGUUAUAUUAGUUUCCUCUCUUAGAAAAAAAGCUUUUUGAUUCAUAGGUUCCAAAUUUUUCCAAAUUUGAAACAAUUAGAAAUUCGUGAACUUGAGAUAAUCUCGGCUUUGUAGCCCAUAGGAUUAACUUUGAUAGAAAAUAAAUUUUUUUUGGAUUUGUGCCAAAUUUAUAAUUUGGGAAUCAAUCAUGUCGUUUUUAAAAAAUCUCUAGUAAGUUUCGAACUCGUAAGUGGCAAGUUAAGAACUCAGUUAGGUCAGAAGUAAAGGAUGACUUCCAAAAUUUUUAGGAAGUAAAAAAACUGGCUUAGUUUCGGAAAGCUUGGGAAGAGAGCUUGGAGACCUUUAAAAUAGCCUGUGUUUCUCAAACAACCCGUUUUUGAAACAGUUUGAAGAAGCGAAAAGUUGAAGCUUUUGGGAAGUGAUUAAAGACCAUAACUCGUAGAAUCUUCGAUUUUCAGAAGACAGUCCGGAGCCUCCUCGCAUCGGCGACAGUGACGACAGCGAUGAUGAAAGCGACAAGGAGGUGGCCAAGCCGAAACGGAAGAAGGUCCUCCAAGAAUUCCUUUUUUGAUCUUACUUUUUUCUUGUCCUAUGCUAAAUCAUAACUCUUCUAAUUUCAGCCGGUGAUGGAUUCUGACGACUCUUCCGGCAGCGAAGGAAGGCCAAUCAUCGGAGCCAGUUCCGAUGGUAAGAAAAAUCUUCUAGAUUUAACUGAAAAACGAAAUAAUUCGAUCAGAAGAUGAACCGUCGACGAGCCAAGGAAAGAAACGACGUCAGGCAGACAGCGACGAGGACGAGGACGACGACGGCGAGGAGAGCGACGAGCAGCCCAGCGCCAAGAGAAAGAAGAAAACGGUUUGAAACGGGGAAAGAACAGAAAAAUGGCUGAAAAAUGAGACCGCAGAGGUUUUUUGAAACAAACGAGCUGAGAAAAAAAAACCACCUUUUCUAAAACAAGAAGAACUUUAUUUCCGGAGAAAACGUAUCUUCUCAGUUUUAUCUCGAUUUUCGCUUUUGUUGAAGCAGCUUGUUUGUCAUAUGUCCACUGUUAGGAACCAAAGCGAGUGGCUUUGAUGGUUUUUAACUGAUUUUUCUGUUUCAUGUGAAGAUUAAAGCAUUGAGCGCUCAAAAAAAAAAAUAAAUUUGAGACGGUUAGUGAAUUCACCACAGUUGAAUGGUUUUUAAAGGCUCACUAGGGAACGUUUUUUACCCCCCGGUUGAACUUUUGACGAAACUUUGCAGAGAUGUACUUUGAGGUCUCCUGAAUCCAGAACAAGAAAAAAAUUUCUCGAAAUAGACCUUGUUUUCGAGAUAUGCAGCCUCGAAGUUUGCACGCGAAAUCUGCGGAAGCAUGGAAGAUGGAAUAUGUUGCGCGCAGUGUCGGUGGAAUGCUAGCGCCGCUAAAUCCAGACGUGGGGGCUUGCCUCACGCGCGCGCCAAUUCAAAAAAGUGCGCUGGCGCACAGAACCCAAUAUCCCCCAUUAAUGUAUAUCCUUUUUUUCAGUCAAUCUUUCCGUUUAUAUUUUUGUCGGAAGAUUUUUUUUCGGUUAGUUUCGCCAUAAAAGUGAACCGAUAAAAAUAUUUGAAAUAAAAAAAAAUAGUCAGUGGGGUUCUUUUUCUUUUCGCAAUUUAGUACUCAUAUAAUCAGUAAAUGUAUAGAAUAAACGGUGCGAUAGCUAUCGGAGUGCUAUUCGACAUCAUACAAAGUGCCCAUAAAAAAAUUUAAAAAAAUUUCAAAGUACUGCUGUUCAUUUUUCAGAUUAAUGUUCUCUGUAAUUUUUUUCGCAUAAACUGUUUUUUUCACUAUAAAAUAGUUUAUAAAGUUUCAUUCCUCAGAUACCAUUACUAUGGAAAUGACGACGCUUCCUUCAAGACGCUCUUGUUUUUUGAAGGCUUUCGAAGUACACAAAAAAAAACAAAUAUUUUUUUAGAAGCCUGACGAGGGCAGUGUGUCAGGUGAGCAUCACAGAUAUGGUUGAAACUUCUGUGGUAGGUAGUCCCAGGUAUGAGUAUUGGAACACAGAAAAAAUGAUCUGCUAAGCCUAAGGUACCGAGAAACAGCCCUACGAAAAUGUACAGGAGAAGCAAAAAAAAGAUUUAUCUUUGGGUUUUUCGUAGAGAGUUUCUUUCUCGCGUUUCUUAUGAUAUAAUGAACAACACUAGACUUUUAGAAAUCGAAAAAGAAAACAACUAAGUUUUUGAGAUCUCACUGUACAUUCUUGACAGGCUAUUUCUCAGUACCCUAUGGCGCUUAGCUGAUAUUUUUUUUCAUUUUUGAGUACUCAUACUUAGGACUAUUUAUCACAGAAGUUUCAACCAGAUCUGCGAUGUUCACCUCAUACCUAUUCCUGGUGCAUCCCAGUUUUUUGUGUUCAUAUUGCAAGUAAGAGCCCUAUCUACGAUCUAACAGAAACCGUCUCUUCAUCCGUAAGGAUUUGUCAAUUUAUUAAUGUUAGUUAGUAACGCCGCAGAUAAGUUUUCUGAGAAAAAAUUUUAACCGCUUUUCUACUUGUUUCAACCAUUGGAAAUUCUGGCGUUUGAAGACAGCCCCAUAAAAACUUAAUUACAUUAAAGGUAGCGCUCCUGAGAUCCUGAAAAUUUACAAAAAUGCUUCGAAAUCAAGAACAACAGAGCAUUCUUCAUCAACUUACCGUUCAUAAUUUAUGCGCACCCUGUACUUCUGAACUUCUACUUUCUGAAGCCCCCUUAGCCAUCGCAAAUGGCAAUAGCAUUCGGAUACUAGUGGUGUGAACAGUAAUAGUAAUGAAAUUGCAGAAACUUAGCCUCUGUAUUUCAUUCAUUGAUUAAAUGUAGCAUAUCUCGAUGGAAAGUGCACUGGAUAAGCCGGUUGAACAGUGAGGUAUUGUUCGUUUGAUCAACAUUUACUUGCCGGUAUCACUAUGAAGGUGAGUGAAGCACUGAAGUUGGCUUUGAAGCUUCAAGACCUCUUCUCUUUCGUCAAAAUAAUGCAAGCUCAAAGAGGAAAGAAUUGAAUGAAAAGAUUCUAUAGUUUCUCAUAAUUCCUUGUCUUUCACCGUUAUAACUUUGCUGAAGAAGUGCAUAACCUCAGGUAUACCUUAUAAUAAUCGUGAAUAUUCCCAUUUUUCAGCAACAUCUUUUUGAAAGUUUUCUGCACUCGUUUUUCCCUGCACAAAAGUAAACUGUAGAUGGUCUUCUUUUGUAAAUAAUAAACGGUAGCAGCGCCACUAAGGCUACCGCGAGGCUAAUCAGUGGUCGUUUAUUUAGAUCAAUUUUUUGUUAUAGCCUAUUCAGCGCCAGCUUGUCACGUUUUUCUUUCCGCCAAAAAGACCGUAUACCAAAUGAAAUCAAAUUUCUGCUUUUAUAACGGCAAGAAACAAAGGUCUUGAAGCGAAGUUGGUCAAAUUUGGCCUUUUGGCGGAAAAGAAAAACGUGACAAGCUGGCGCGGAAUGGCCUAUAACCGUGCUAAGACCUGCUGAGCUAGUUAAAAAAGGUAGCUACUCGGUAACUAUUUGUAUCUCUAUCACGAUUGACCAGUGGAAAAAAAUUUGCGAAAAAAACUAUUUUUCAUUUUUAAAAAAACUCGAUUAUUUUUUUAUUGAUUCACUUUUUAUGGCUAAAUUAACCGAAAAAAAUCUUUCGACAAAAAAAUAUAAACGGAAAGAUUGACUGAAAAAAAGGAUAUACAUUAAUGGGGGAUAUUGGGUUCUGUGCGCCAGCGCACUUUUUUGAAUUGGCGCGCGCGUGAGGCAAGCCCCCACGUCUGGAUUUAGCGGCGCUAGUGGAAUGCCAGUUGAUUCGUGGCAGAGUGGUAUGAGGGCGCGCGCUAUGUGCGAGCUGUGGUGGGUUCGAUCCCAUUUCGCUGCCAAAUUUUGCAAAACUCUUUUGCUGCCAUUUUCCUGGAUGGAACGAAUUGAAAUAAAUCAAUUUUGUGAAAUAAAAAAAAUUUCCAUUCUCAACAGUUUUGAAAUGAUGAUUGAAUAUCAACUCGAGUAAAGUAUAACAAUAUGCAAAACACAACCAAUACAUUCAAAUCAAACAAAAUUUCAGCACUUAUGACAGAUUUGCGUUGGCAAAAGACGCUUCUUUCUUCUGAAGGUGUGGGCGCUUCGGAGAAUUCCUCCAUUACCCCCUUUUUGAAUAUAAAUAAUAUAGAAAUAUGAGAAUUAUUAGGCAAAAGAGAAACAGAAAAAUCUUUCUGAAAAUUCAAAUGAAUAAAGGAAUACUGUUGCGAAGAGUUUGAAAAAUUGCAUCAUCCUUCUUUUAAAUAAUAUUUGGCAAAAGAAAUUUUGCAAAAAUUUGGCAGCGAAAUGGGAUCGAACCCACCACAGCUCGCACAUAGCGCGCGCCCCCAUACCACUCUGCCACGAAUCAACUGGCAUUCCACCGACACUGCGCGCAACAUAUUCCCUCUUCCAUGCUUCCGCAGAUUUCGCGUGCAAACUUCGAGGCUGCAUAUCUCGAAAACAAGGUCUAUUGCGAGAAAUUUUUUUAUUGUUCUGGAUUCAGGAGACCUCAAAGUACAUCUCUGCGAAGUUUCGUCAAAAGUUCAACCGGGGGGUAAAAAACGUUCCCUAGUCAGAUGAACUAUUUGGCGACUCCGAGAAAAAAAAAAUUUAUCGCGAAACCUCCUUCAUUUUUUUAUAUUUGUCUCCGUAUAGCUAGCUUUUGUGGACGAUUGAAGUGAUUUUUUUUUUUCGAUUUAAAAAAACUGAUAACCUGAAAAUUUUAUUCAAGGUUGUGGAAGAAGAAGAUGAGGAGGAAAGUGGAAACGACUCUGACCAGAGUUCCAACGGAGAAAGCGACUAA